AUUUUUGUGCCGGACUUCAGAUUCAUGGGCACGAUUUGGGAAGCAGCGAAACUGUGCCAAUCAUACUCCAACUCAGGCCUGAUGAUGAUCAACUCUCGAAAUAUGAUCACAAAGGCAAAGGAAGCCCUGCGACCAGAACAAGAGGGAGUUUUCUUCACAGCGUCUGCUCGAAUAUAUGAUGAGCAAGCUGGCUACAGUAAUUACACGGUCUUUCGCAAUCCGUUGGAUUUUUCCAUUCUCACCGAUGUUCCGUGGAAAUACCCAGCGAUCGACCCCGGCAAUUCUCUCGCAGAACUCGCGCUGAUUUAUCGCGGAGGACUCAUAAGUGAUUUGCACCACGAAUGCUACAAAGUAUUCAUUCCUAUGAAUCGUACGGAUCUUGCUUGUCACACGGCGUGCCAAAGAUCCUCUCCCACGAAUUGCCGUGUGCCACCACUAACUGUGGAUGACGUGAAUGUGCGUGGAAUCAAAUGCUCAGUAGGAACUGAAAACAUCACUCCGACGUCAUCUGGAAACUAUACUUUCGGAACAAAAGCAACGUACGAGUGUCCUCUUGGAAAGGUUUUCAAUGAAACCAUCAGCAGGCACUUGAUUGCAGAAUGCCGGGGUCCAAUCGGCUGGGAAAGACCCGUUUUACUUCGUUGCGUUUCCCCCGGAGCAACGAUGGCAUUUGGGAACAAGACUUACACCUUGUACAAUGCGACUGCAUCACGUUACCAGUCGUUCAAGGCAGAGGAGUACUGUAAUUCAGUCAAUGGUUCCUUGGCAACAAUAUCUUCCCCCGUGUUACUUGAGGAAUUGGGAGGUUUCUUGUCGGAAAAAGGUUUGAGUGGUGCCAUGGUCGGGAAUAAUAUAAGGGGCUUGCUAUUGAAUCAGGACUCCCAAAGAUCGUAUGCUGCAAAUCUGACAAGGACUUGGUCUUUUGCAAUAUUCAAUGAAAGUGCCUGGAAGCCGGAUUGGGUCCCUAAUGAAGAUUUCAAAUGCACCGUGCUAAAAUAUGGGACCAAAUGGGAAUUCGAUUCAGUUGAUUGCAUGGAUACACAAGAGAAAACUUUUAUUUGCGAAUCGACUCCUUCUGUCUGUCCAUUCCAGUCACUCACCCAAUUCGCUCCGAGGCAAGCAUGGAAACUGGAUUUCGACCCCGCGCCAAAUAUCACACUACGUUACGGGACAAUUCUAAAUUACACCUGCCGAGGGGUAGAAAAUACUGGAACUGUAGUCUCGACUAUGUGCCUCGGAAAACUUGCAUGGCAAACCCUGCUGUCGAAUUUUGGGGAUUGUCCGCUUUAUAAACCAUACACAUUCCUAUCAAAUGGAUCAGAUAACGGGGUGCUGAAAUCCGCAGCAAAAUGCGCUUCUGAGCAAGGUUUACAAUUGCCCUUGAUCACGGAUUCGGUGGAAAUGGGACAUGUUUUAUCCCAAGUUCCGGAUGAGGAAAAGAAUGUUAGGAAUCCCACUGUGAUGAUCCCUGUGAGAAACUACGCACUCUUUUCAGCUCAAACUGAAGGCAUCACGGAUUUCACAGCAGUCAUGACGAAACUCAACAUAAACGAUCCCAACAUCUGGCUGCCUGGAGAACCAAAGGCUGAUGCCAAAUUGCUGUGCAGUUAUUUGUUGAAUCGAAAUGGAUCCUGGGGCCUCGCCAAUUUUGAAUGCAGUGAGGAGCACGAAGGAAAAGUUACUAUCGUCUGUGGCUUAGCAAAGGCGACCAAUUGCACAAUAGCUCCUCCGAAGCAGAACAACAGGACAGGCACUGCAUCACCAGCACCUGAUAGCAAUGGAGCUUAUGUUUUUGAAGCGACUAAUUCCUACCCAAAUUGUGAUUGCGGAAUGAUGGAAGAGAACCAGACGGGAUUGAUAACAGUUCGAACCAGCACCUGUUACGGGAACUUUGGCUGGUAUCCUUAUUCCCUUGGACCUUGUGUACCUGGUACAAAAAAAUGUGGAGGGCUGCCAUCGGAGCCGAAGAACGAUUCUCACAUGCAACAGAAUUGUUCCGUGAACGACGAAAUAUCUCACUGGUCUCUCACGUGUGUUUCCGGCUACAAAUGGGCAAAUUCCAGUAGCACAUCUUUGGACAGGACGUGUAACAAAGAUACGGGAAACUGGACUGAAAUUCAAGAUACCUGCGCUCCCGUGGCAACUGGGACAGCAUCAGCUGAUUCAGAAAGCGCAUCAUCUACUUUGUCAACAACUGUCAGUCCAACUACUUCCACGACACAAGGUGGUUCAUUCAGCACAAGCACGAGCAUAUCUUCUUCCACCGGAACAGCAGCGACAUCUACUCAAACAUCAACAGAAGCCGGCUCAGUUAUUGCUUCAACUGCGUCGACAUCACUCUCAGCAACCAAAGGUUCAACGAGUUUGACAUCCAAUCCAUCUACAAUGAGUGCCACAACUUCAACUGCAUCCAGUUCCAGUGCAGCAAGUGGAACAACUAACACGCAGCAAGGGACAACAAUAUCCUCUACGAUAGUGUCAUCGACGUCUACUGGAAUUACUGCUUCGACAUCAAAAAACACGGAAAUUUCUUCAAUUUUGAGUACGACUCGGCCGAUCACAUCAACUACUAGAGCAGCAGGGGAACCAGUAUGUGCUUCGUCCAUCGUUGCAAGAAAGCGAGGCCUUCCAUCUGCGGCCGAAAAUUGCUAG